AUGCCAAAUAUGGGCCUUCGUGGGGUAUAUGAAUCAGCUCUGCGCUUUUGCUUCAGAGCGCGAUAUCUCGAUCCACUAGAUCAUGAUGCUGGGGAAGUGAGGAGUCGAGUGGAUGUGUCAGCGGUUGGUGUGAUGCAGGCACCUUCUAAUCUUCCACCGCGGCUGGCACUUACGAUCGAGGCCUCAAGCGUGACCAAGCAACACAUAGCUACUGCCACACACGAGCCAGCAAUGGGCGCACCUUCCGAGUCUCGAUCUGGACGUACGCGCUCGCCUGCGGAUAUAGCCGCGCAGUCGCGACGCCUCCUAGACCUUCGCAGCGAAAACCAGAUUCUGCUUUAG